GCUUCAUAACCGUAGGCGAAACAUAUUCCGCUUCGCAUCGCGUCGCAUCGAAUCACAACAGUUAUCAAUUGCUCGGCAGAGUUCAGUUGCUGCUGGUGACCGGUCGAGGAAGGAUCCCUUGAGCAGUUUAAGAAGAUGCGUGCGUUCAUACUAUUAUUCGCUUGCGUUCUAGCAGCAUGCAGCGUACGAGCAGAUACCUUCGAUCAGCUAGAGGAUAUACCCUUCCGGGGUACCAGAAACGUUCAAUUCGACUGGGAUCUAACAAAGCGAAUCUUUAAGUCCGAGAAAUCCAAUGCCGUAUUUUCACCCUUUUCGGUCAAAAUUUUACUCACACUACUCUACGAGGCAACCGGGGAUGCGGCUGGUCUGUCAGACACACAAACAAAGAAGGAGCUUUCAGUUGUGUUGGACAACUCAGGGGACCUCAAUUCAACACGAGUGAUGUACCGAUCUCUGUUGGAUUCGGCGAUUGCUGGAAACAAUGAUUACGAUCUGCAGAUCGCAACGAAAUUUUUCGUUGAUGAAUUCAUUGACGUUGUAAAUAAGUAUCAAAUUAUCUCGAAUCAUUUCUACAAUGCGACUGUUGACAAGGUACAAUUCUCCAACCCGCAAAAGGCAGCAGACUACAUCAACAGUUGGGUUUCCCAAUCCACCCGUAACCGUAUCAAUGACCUUGUGACCGCAGAUGGAGUGGAGGGUGCGGUCAUUACCCUAGUCAAUGCUGUGUACUUCAGAGGCCUGUGGACUUAUCCGUUCCCGGAAAAUGGACCUCGCCUUACAUUCAACGCUGGUCGGAAACAAGUAGCUACAAGCUUCAUGGAACAAAGCGGUCAAUUCUAUUACGACGACUCUAACAUCCUUAAUGCCCAACUGCUUCGGUUGCCGUAUCAAGGAGGCAAAUUUGCCAUGUACGUCAUACUGCCCCACCAGGACAGCUCGAUCAAUGAUGUCCUGAACCGUAUCAAUCAGAAAAGUUUGCACCAAGCCUUGUGGUACAUGAGCGAAAGUGAAGUGAAUGUCACAAUGCCCAAAUUUAAGUUCGAUUUCUCUGAAAGACUGAAUGAACCCCUCCAAGACAUUGGGAUCCAGGAGAUUUUCUCACAAAAUGCAUCCCUACCACUACUGGCCCGUGGAAAGGGCACGCGCGAUCAAGUUAGAGUGUCACGGGUUUUCCAGAAAGCUGGCAUUUCCGUUAACGAAAAAGGAAGUGAAGCGUAUGCUGCCACAGAAAUCCAAUUAGUGAACAAAUUCGGCGGCGACGGAACGCAAAUCUUCAACGCCAAUCGACCAUUCAUGUUCUUCAUCGAAGACGAAAAGCUCGGUACGCUUCUGUUUGCCGGUAAAGUUGAAGAUCCUACGAAGUAGAUUCGGAAACGGGAGACUACACCCCAAAAAUGAUUGGUAGCCAAUUUCGGAAUUUUUUGUUUUUCCAUGCGUACAAAACAAACGAAAUAAAUUUUAAUGAUAUAAAUGGUA